CUUUUCUGCUCGACACUAUCUUCAUCCUAACUCCGUUGGAAAGGAGGCUGAAAUGACGGAUGCAGCCAUGGAGGCGACACCCGGGGACAGCGCAUUUGCAUCGGAAGAGGCGCUUUGAGUUUACGGAGCGAAGCCGAUGCGUGUGUCUCCCUCGUCUUUACCUUCGCCGAUCCCUUCCUCCUGCUCCUCCGCUGGCAGAAAUUUAUAAAGAACAAAAAAUCCGACGAGGGAGGGAGGGGGUUGAUGUACGCCGAGGCUGAAAUCGAGAGGCGAACCCAGGGAAAGAGGAGCAAUUUCUACUCGGGACUUUCCCCCUCUUAGUACCCCAAAAGGAGGGGGAAAAGUCGCAAUAUUAGAAACGAAAAGGAAUGAGCUUCUAGGGGCGUGAAAACGUCUGCAAUUGUGGAGACUUUAUAUAUUUUUAUUUCGAAAAAAUAUGGCCGAGAACGUUCUGGACUCUGGCCCGCCUUCAGCAAAGAGGCCUAAACUCUCCUCUCCGGCACUUUCUGCCUCCGCUAGCGAUGAUUUUGGUUCACUAUUUGAUUUGGAGCACGACCUCCCAGAUGAGCUCAUCAGCUCUAAUGAACCAGGUCUGGUCAAUGGUGGGGACCUCAACCAGUUGCACACCAGUUUGGGAGGAGGACCUGCAGGCUUGGGUGCAGGAGGUGGAAGUGGAGCAGUAGGAGGAAUGGGGCUUGGACUUGGUCCUGGAGGGGGCCCCACAAGUAUUGGUGGAGGCCAAGAUGCAGUGGCUAAGCACAAACAACUGUCUGAGCUUUUACGAACGGGGCCAACCACAUCUGGUCAACAGGGGCAUCAAGGAGCCAUGGGCAGCCCAGGAGGCCCCACAGCCAUGGGGCAACAUUUGGUGAACAUGAAGGCCCCCUCAGGUCAAGGGCCCCAGCAGAUGAUGGGACAACAGCAUCUUUCUCCUCAGCAGCAGGCCAACAUGAUGCAGCAACAACAGAGUGGAAUGAUGGCUAACAGGGGCAUGAUUGGUGUGCCGCAGAAAGGCAAUAACGGACAGCAGCAGCCAGGGAUGAUUGGAAACCAGGUGAUGAAUGGUUCCCCCAGGAUGGGCUUCGGUAAUCAGGGGAUGGCUGGUGGCAGCAACCUGUUGGCUGACACUCUACAGCAGCAAGGGGCAGGGGGGCAGGUUGGAGCCAGAGCCCAGCAGCAUGGAGCCAUGAACAAGCUGGGUAUGAUGGGGAACCAGGGGGGCCCUUUUGGAGGUUCAUAUGGUGGUCAAGGAAAUCCUAGUCUAGGAGCAGCAGGGCUGGGCCCUCAACACCAGAACAAAGGUCCGAUGGUCAAUAGCCUGACUCAGUUCAACGUGGACAAGAAGAACCAGCCCAUGCAAGGAAUGGGUGCCAUGGGUACCCAGCAGUCACAGACAGGCGUUGGUGGUCCUACUGGUGCACCUGUAGGAGGAGCACAAGGGAUGGUGUCCAGCGCCCAGGCAGGCUUGGUAGGCUACGGUGCUCAAGCCUCUGCAGCAUCUGCUGCAGCUGGAGCCCCGCCCACAGCCGACCCGGAGAAGCGGAAGCUAAUCCAGCAGCAACUGGUGCUCCUGCUUCAUGCACACAAGUGCCAGCGGCGGGAGCAGGCCAACGGAGAAGUCCGGCAGUGCAACCUGCCCCACUGUCGCACCAUGAAGAAUGUUCUCAACCAUAUGACUCACUGCCAGGCUGGCAAAUCCUGUCAAGUGGCUCACUGUGCAUCCUCAAGACAGAUCAUCUCCCACUGGAAGAACUGCACGCGACACGACUGUCCUGUCUGUCUCCCGCUGAAGAACGCAGGGGACAAGAGGAACCCGCAGUGUGAGUCUCUGCUAGGAGGGGGUGGUGCAGGACUCGGGAGCUCUCUGAGCGCGGUUCCCGGUAGUCAGCCGAGUGCUCCCAACAUCCACCCACCCAGCCAGAUUGACCCUAGCUCUAUUGAGAGAGCCUAUGCUGCCUUGGGGCUCACCUACCAGGGAAACCAGAUCCAGACACAGACUGCCCAGCCCAACAUGUCCAACCAGGGGCAGGCUGGCAUGAGGCCUCUAAAUCCAAUGGUUGUGAAUCCUAUGGGAGUCAACGGAGGUGUGAGUGCCCCCUCUCAGAGCCAACAAAGCAGUUUACUACAGGACACCAUGAUGCAUCUCAAUGUGAACAACCAAAGUCUGAUGAAUGAUGCUGGAGGCGUCGGCUCCAUGCCCACAGCAGCUCCUCCCUCUGCCACAGGCAUAAAGAAGAGCUGGCACGAGGACAUCACACAGGACCUGCGAAACCACUUAGUGCACAAGCUGUACGUUUUACAAAGCGAAGAACAUGGAAAGACCAGCUAUUCUAGUCAUUUUUCAAACGUCCAGGCCAUCUUUCCGACUCCAGAUCCAGCCGCCCUCAAGGACCGUCGAAUGGAGAACCUGGUGGCCUACGCUCGAAAGGUUGAAGGAGACAUGUAUGAGUCGGCCAACAGCAGAGCUGAGUAUUACCACUUGCUAGCAGAGAAGAUCUAUAAGAUUCAGAAGGAACUCGAGGAGAAAAGAAGAAACCGGAUGCAGAAACAAGGUCUGGGUCUUGGUCCCGCUGGCAUGGGUCAGCCCCCGGCUGGACUUCCUGCAAACGGCCCACUCCCUGACCCGUCAAUGGUGCGUCCUCCUGGACCCAAUCCGAUGGUUCCCAGGAUGCCAGGCCCAGGUAUGAACCAGUUCAAUCAGAUGGGGAUGCAAUCUAUGGCUCAGAGGUCCACACCGCCUCUGCCCAUGGGAGCACCUGGCAACCAGAUGGGAAUGGUUGGACCCAGAGUGGGGCAGCCCAAUGUCAACCCGCUGCAGAACCAGUAUCUGCCACAUGGACAGUUUCCUGGUUCCGGACCUGGAGUUGGAGCAGCACAGCCUGGGAUGGCCCCACCUGGAGCACAAGGCGGCAUGGCUCGGACACAGAUGGGAACUCCUCCUCCUCUCCCAGUAGCUAGUCCCCUGGCACAGCCAGGCUCAGCUGGUGGGGUCUCAGCAGGGGGGCACAUGGGUCCCAACUCAUCUGUGGGAACCCCUGGUCCUUCAGUGACUCCAAACCAAAACCAGCAACCCAACUCCAUCCCCCACCUGGGAGCCAUGCGUGGAAGCUCACCCUCCCCUGCUCACAGCCGGUCCCCCACCCCCCACCAAACGCCCCCCAGACUAGCCGGGUCCCAGACGCCGCAGCCACAUACUCCUAAUGCGCCACAGUUGUCUGCACCGUUGUCACUUCAGCAGAACCAGCUCAGCCAGGGCCCCGGCUCCAACAAGCCCCUCCAGCAGCAACACAUGGGACCCGCCGGCUCCACCACUCCGUCUCACCCUGGAUUGGCCUCCAGCUCAACACCACAUGGUGGACAGAUGCCUCGCACUCCGUUGUCCCAGAAGGGCUCGUUCCCAGCAGACAGUCAGGCCCCAACCCCAGCCUCAGUCAGCAGUCUGGACACUUCGUCUCAGCAGCCACAAUCUGACACCUCAGCUGCCAACCUUGACUCCAAGAUGGAAGUCAAGCACCAGGAUGAGGAGGAAGAGAGUGACCCCGGCAGCUGCUCCAAGGGAGGGAAGCUCAGCAAUCACAAAACAGAGGAGAAGCCAGUGAAACCAGAAGUAAAGAAGGAAGAGGGUUAUGGAGAAGGAGGGAAAGGUGUUCCCAUGGAGACAUCGGCAGCUACACUAACAUCAGAAAUAAAGACAGAGGACAGGAAGCCAGAGGUGAAGAAAGAGGGGAAGGAAGAACAGGAACCAUCAGAGGCAGCUGCUCCACAGGCUCCUGUUAAGAAGAAAAUCUUCAAGCCUGAGGAGCUGCGUCAGGCCCUCAUGCCUACGUUAGAGUCCCUCUACAAACAGGACCCAGAGUCUCUACCAUUCAGGAUGCCCGUUGACCCACAGCUCCUCUGCAUACCUGACUACUUUGACAUUGUGAAGAACCCGAUGGACCUGUCAACUAUCAAACGAAAGCUAGAUACAGGUCAGUACCAGGAUCCGUGGCAAUACGUUGAUGACAUCUGGCUGAUGUUCAACAAUGCCUGGCUCUACAAUCGCAAAACAUCUCGAGUCUAUAAGUUCUGCUCCAAGCUGGCUGAGGUGUUCGAGCAGGAGAUCGACCCCGUGAUGCAGAGCCUCGGAUACUGCUGUGGGAGGAAGCUGGAGUUCUCUCCUCAGACUCUGUGCUGCUAUGGAAAGCAGCUUUGCACUAUUCCCAGAGAUGCCGUUUACUUCAGCUACCAGAACAGUUCACCAAAAUUUGGGCUUAUUGCUCACAGGUACCACUACUGUGAGAAGUGUUUCAACGAGAUCCAGGGGGAGAACAUUUCCCUGGGCGAUGACCCCACUCAGCCACAGACGUCAAUAAACAAAGAUCAGUUUGAGAAGAAGAAAAAUGACACACUGGACCCUGAGCUGUUUGUAGAAUGUAAGGACUGUGGGCGCAGGAUGCAUCAGAUCUGUAUUUUGCACAAUGAAACCAUCUGGCCAUCUGGUUUUGCGUGUGACAGCUGUUUAAAGAAGACAAACAAAACAAGAAAAGAAAACAAGUAUUCUGCCAAACGGUUGCCUCAGACGAGGCUGGGGAGUUUUCUGGAGACGAGGGUGAACGACUUCCUGAAGCGUCAGGCCCUUCCAGACUCUGGAGAGGUCUUCAUUCGUGUUGUCCAUGUCUCGGAUAAAGUGGUGGAGGUGAAACCAGGCAUGAAGUCCAGGUUUGUGGACAGCGGAGAGAUGUCCGAGUCUUUCCCCUACAGGACAAAGGCACUUUUUGCAUUUGAAGACAUUGACGGCGUGGAUGUUUGCUUUUUUGGGAUGCAUGUCCAGGAGUACGGAUCAGACUGCCCUCAGCCCAACCAGCGGCGAGUAUACAUUUCCUACCUGGACAGUGUACACUUUUUCCGGCCUCGCAGUCUAAGAACAGCAGUUUACCAUGAAAUCCUCAUUGGCUACUUGGAGUACGCCAAGAAGUUGGGCUACACCACUGGUCACAUCUGGGCUUGCCCACCCAGCGAGGGUGAUGACUACAUCUUUCACUGCCAUCCAGCAGAUCAGAAAAUUCCCAAACCCAAACGCCUUCAGGAGUGGUACAAGAAGAUGUUAGACAAGGCUGUGGCUGAGAGGAUCGUGCACGACUACAAGGAUAUCUUCAAACAAGCGACGGAGGAUCGUUUAACAAGUGCCAAGGAAUUGCCUUACUUUGAGGGUGACUUCUGGCCCAACGUGCUGGAGGAGAGCAUUAAAGAGCUGGAGCAGGAGGAGGAGGAGAGGAAAAGGGAAGAAAACAGCACUUCUAACGAGAGCAUUGAUGACACAAAGAGUGACAGCAAAAAUGCUAAGAAGAAGAACAACAAAAAGACGAGUAAGAACAAGGGCAGCUUGAGCAGAUCUAAUAAGAAGAAGCCGGGGAUGCCCAACGUCUCUAAUGACCUUUCUCAGAAACUUUAUGCUACUAUGGAAAAACACAAAGAGGUGUUCUUUGUGAUCCGGCUAAUUGCCGGCCCCAUGGCGAAUGCCUUGCCCCCAAUUAUCGACCCAGAUCCCCUGAUGGCGUGUGACCUCAUGGAUGGUCGUGAUGCUUUUUUGACUCUGGCCCGGGACAAACACCUGGAGUUCAGCUCUCUGAGGCGGGCUAAGUGGAGCUCCAUGUGCAUGCUGGUGGAGCUGCAUAACCAAAGUCAGGACCGCUUUGUUUACACCUGCAAUGAAUGCAAGCACCAUGUGGAGACUCGCUUCCACUGUACCGUUUGUGAGGAUUACGACCUCUGCAUCACGUGCUACAACACUAAGGGCCACGAGCACAAGAUGGACAAGCUAGGGCUCGGUUUGGACGAUGAAAGCAGCAACCAGGCUGCUGCGACCACUCAGAGCCCCGGAGACUCACGUCGCCUAAGCAUCCAGCGCUGCAUCCAGUCUCUGGUCCACGCGUGCCAGUGCAGGAACGCAAACUGCUCUCUGCCAUCAUGUCAGAAGAUGAAGCGUGUCGUUCAGCACACAAAAGGUUGCAAGAGAAAAACCAACGGCGGCUGUCCCAUUUGCAAGCAGCUCAUUGCACUGUGUUGUUACCAUGCUAAGCACUGUCAGGAGAACAAGUGUCCUGUCCCGUUCUGCCUGAACAUCAAGCACAAGCUGCGCCAGCAGCAGCUGCAGCACCGGCUGCAGCAGGCUCAGAUGCUGAGGAGGAGAAUGGCCAGCAUGCAGAGAGUAGGUCAGCCCAAUCCAGGGAUGCCACCUGGAGGAAAAGGUCUGCCCUCUCCAGGAGGCAACAAUGGUGCAACGGGUCCGGCUACCCCUACGUCCGCUGGUACACAACCACCAACCCCACAGACACCCACCCAGGGAAACAUGCCUGCUCUUCCUCAGCAGCAGGGGGUCGGUAUGGGUGGAAUGGGAACUCCAGGCCAGCCACAGCAGGUUCAGCAGCAAGGCGUCGGUGCUAUCCCCCCUCAACACCAUCUUCAUCAGUUCCAUAGUGGAGGGGCGAUGAUGACUUCUCCUCAGCAGCAGAUGGUGACUCAGCACCAGCAGCAGACUCCCAACAUUCAGCAGUUCCAGCAACAACAUCCUGGUGGUUUGCCUCCAUACAACCCCAGACCACCUGGAGCAUCUCCCCCCUACCAGUCCCUGGGAAAACCUGGAAUGGGUUCAGCCACCCCACCCCAGCAGCAGCAGCAACCACCCAACCAGGGACAAGGGUCCAUGUCUUUACAAGGCCAGCAGCAAGGUCCCCCUUUGGCUGCAGUGGAAACGGCCCUACAAAUCCAACGCCUAGCGGAGACCCAGGCACAAAGGCGUGUCCCUGGGGGAGGUAUGAUACCCCCACAUCCUCACCUCCAGAACAACCAGCCCCAGAUGGGAUUGUCCCCCAUGGGGGCCCAGGGCAUGGCUCCCCAGUCUCAGGGAGUUGGAAGGACUGUGUUAGAUCCUCAGCAGCAGGGAAUGCUAGCUGGAAUGCAGCAAGGUGGGCCUCAGUCCCAGCUACCACCUCAAGUUCAGCAGCAGAUAAGUGGUGGACAGCUGCAGCCAACGAGCCAGCAGUGGGGUCCUGGGGGUCCAAAUAUGAACCCACAACAAAGGACAGGCCUAAUGGGUCCCAUGGCCCCACAGCAGUCAGCAGUGGCCCAGCAGCAGCAACCAGUAAAUCCACAGCAGCCACAGGCAGGUAAUCGCGGGUUGAUGCAAGUCAUUAAUGUAUCAGGAGGGUCAACGGGGGCACCUGGCUCAAUAGCAGGGGCAGCUGGAUCAGGAAACCUACCCCAUGGAGCAUUACAAGAUCUCCUGAGAAAGCUUCGCUCUCCAAGCUCAGCCUUACAACAGCAGCAAGUUCUGCACAUCCUCCGCUCCAACCCAACCCUCAUGGCCGCCUUCAUUCGGCAGAGAGCAGCCAGGUAUCAAGGUGGUCAGGGAGGUCCUGGAGGACCAGGAGGACCCCCACCAGGAGGUGUAAGGUUCCCAGGAGCUGCUGGUGGAUUACCUGGUAUGGGGGGGCCUGGUGCCAACCAGCUUGCUAAUUUGGACAGCCAACAGCAGGUCAGUGUAAACCAGCCAGGUCAGCCGGGAAUGAGUCUAGCUCAGGGGGGGGUUGGAGGGGCAAACAUGCCCACCAUGGCUCAACUUCAGCAGCUACAGCAACGUCCGAUGCUACCCGGUAAUCUGCAGCAACUGCAAAUGGCGUUGCAGCAGCAGCAGCAGCAACAACAGCAACAGCAAGGAGGAAUGCAACUAGGGCAACAAGGCAAUGUGACGAACAUGAGUCCUCAGCUCAGAGAGAUAUUUAUGAGACGACACCUGUCUCAGCAGCACGGGCAGUUCCAGCAGCAGCAAGGCUUCAUGCAGCCUGGCCAGGCACAGCCAGUGAUGUCGCCCUCCUCUCAGCCCCAGCCUGUGGGUGGAGCUGUAGGUGUUCCCUCGCAGCAGCAGCAAGGAGGUCCACAGGUUGGGCCAGGUCAGCUCAGCCAGCAGCAAGUAUACUCUAACUCAAUGCAACAAGUAGCUGCAGCACUCCAGCAAAGGUUCCAGCAUUCAGUGGGAGGUCAUCAAGGCCAGGACGUCGGAGCAGGAGGACCCCAAGUCCAGCCUGGACAAGGUGGACCAGUGUCCGGGCAGCAGCAAGGAGGAGUUGGUGGGGGACCUCCGCUGCCACAGCCAUCACAAAGCAUGGGUCACCAGAACAUCCAUCAGAGGAUCCUGCAACAUCAGCACCUUGGCGGGGGCUCUCCUGCCCAGCACAGCAGUCCCAUGAGUCCCCAACAACAGAUGGCUCAGUCCCCACACCUCCAAGGUCAGGGAGGACUCGGGCCAGCAGGAUCCCUCAGCAAUCAGGUCAGGUCUCCUCAGCCCUCACCAAGGCCGCAGUCGCAGCCUCCACACUCCAGCCCGUCCCCACGCAUGCAGCCCUCAUCCCAGCCUCAGCCCUCGCCUCAUCGCAUUUCCCCUCAGACUCAGACGGGAUCACCACACCCGGGUCACCUAGGUCAGCAUCACCCCGCCAUGGCCCCGCCUCAGCCUCCACAAGCUCAGCAAGCAGCUAGUUCUGUAGACACUAGUCAGUUCAGCUCCGACCCAAAUUCUAUCAUGUCCCAGCUGAGUGGGAUGCACGGAGGACAGGGUGGCCCUGGGGACAUCCUGGGGGGUGAAUAACGGCAGCAACAACAACCAGGAGCUUGGGAUGAACAUUAACCACAGCCUUCUGUAGCCUUGACUCCAAACGCUCAUUCUGUCUUUAUGCUCUGAUCUUUUACUUUAAAUUUUUUUGUCCCCAAAAACAACAAACUGCCAUGAAAGAACAGAGCGAGAUGGGGUCUUAGAAGUUUUUAUUUUUAUUUAAACAUUUUUGUGAUGUACAAAUAUGAACUGAAGCUUCCUUCCUAUGGGAGAUGUGAUAAUAAUCUUAGAAGUCAAUAAAAUGAUAAAUUAAAACAAUGGUAAGUUAUUGCUGUUAAUAUAUACCUAUAUAUUUUUGCCAAUUGUGUACAAAAAGGCAGAAGGGCAGUGUUUCUGGUGGAGAUAUUUCUUCCUUUAAAUAUACAACAAUAUUUUUAGGGACUGAGAAUUUUGCCUUUUUAUGAAGAUUUUUAGGAUUUCAAAUGUGGGUAAAAAUGAAAGUGAGUUGACGAUGUAUCAUUUUAUAUCUAUAAAUAUAGUUUUUCCUCAGACACCCUGUCAUGAUUGUAUCUAUUAUGUGUGUUUAUUUUCUAUUUUUAUUUUUGUUCCCUUAAUGAAAUUAUAAACAAGCAUCAACAUAUCUUCCAUCACAGCAGAUUUCUUCUGGAGCGUUUUCACAGACAGAAACUCUUUUACACGCGACUGCAGCCUUUUUCAUUUGUGUGUUUAUUUAAAAGUUUCCUUUCUGCCAUACAUGUAGAAUGGGUAUCUUGUGAUUAACCACCUUAAAAGACAAACACGAGGGGAUUAACAGUCAAGUCCUAUUCUAGCUGUCGGUUGCAUGUUGCCCAUACUGCGCUGGCUCAUGUUCUUUUGUACAUAUGUUUAAGCUGCAACACGUGGCCGACUGUUUUUAUUUGGUUUAGUAAUGUUUUUAAAUCCUGCCUGUAUUCUAACGUUUUUUUCUUUACAUCCUCAUGUCUGCCUCUCUGCCACUUGUUUUAAUUUAAUGUUAGCACUGUACAAAUUAGAAAAUGUUGGACUUGGGUUUUGUUUGUAAAGAAAACUAUGGAUCUAAAGGUGUGUACAUACUCGAACAGGACUCUGCUCCUUUCCCCUCCUCCAUUGAACAUGUGUGUGUGUGUGUGUGUGUGUGUGUGUGUGUGUGUGUGUGUGUGUGUGUGUGUGUGUGUGUGUGUGUGUGUGUGUGUGUGUGUGUGUGUGUGUGUGUGUGUGUAUAAACUACAGAAGUGCUCCUGAGCUACUGUACAGUAUUCAGAUUUUUUUUUUAAUUGUUUCUAAAAUGUACAGUGUGGGGUGUAGUAGGUCACGAGCACCAAUGCGCCUUUUUUCCAGUGUGUUUUUGACAAAAAGGUUUCUUUUUGGGGGAGGGGUGUUUCAAUCGCCCUCAAAAGCUUACGACGCAGAAUCUGCACAAAACGGAGCCGAAGCGAGGGUCGACUGAUUAAAAACUUUGGUUAUUUAGCUUUUUACGGAGAGGACUGAAGACACGAUGUUCACAUUGCUCACUAUUUUUGUUCCCGAUAAAGUUGGACUCGCUGGGUAUGUUUUUCGAGGGUGGGGAGGGGACACAUCAAAACCAGGUUGCAAUAUAUCUUGAGACUUAUUUUAUAAGAAAACAAGGAUAAAAACUGUCUUUUAUAUAUAUAGAUAUAUUAUUUAAUUUUAUUUUUUGGAAAUAAAACUUGAAGCUACAGGAAUUAUUAGAUAAAAAUGUUUUCUUUUUGUAUUAAAAAGGUGUUAUAGAAAUACAAAAAGACACUGCAGACAGUUAUUGGGGUUUGCCCUGGAGAGGCUGUGGAGUUCAUCCUUUACAUGAAAUGUUUUCUGUACAUGAAUAUUGAUGUAAACAUACUGAAUCACUGUACAAACUGAUGGCAACUGAACAAAAAGGUUUGUUUUUUCCAUUUCUUAAAGAGAGACUGGAAAUAAGACUAUUUAAAUAUUUGUUUAGUAUUCAAAUGGAAUCACUGACCACUUUGUUUUGUUUCUCGUAACAUUUUCGGUGCUUGCUGAGAUGAUGCAAAAAUAACCGUUGCUCCAUUUUCAUUAGUUUCUUUUUAUAAGUUAUUUUGGUGGACUUUUUUUCCUUUUCUUGCCAAUAAAUUAAUUGUACAAUAAAGUAUGUUUGUACCAUUGGAAAAAAUUAA